AUGGUCGACAACGAGCUGGUUGCAGAGCUAGGCGUACAAGGAGUACGUCGUCAGCUGAACGUUCAGUGGUUCGGAGGCAGGGCCACAAGAGAGCCUACUAACGUGGUACGUCUGGAGAUCAGUGGAGCAGGCAAGUCCUCCCGACAUGUGCUGAGGAACGUCUAUGCCAUUUCGAACUUGAGUCUGCCGAUGCAGAGCCUGCACAGAAGGGAUGUUAGGAGCCUGCUUAUUGGUUUGGACCAUGGGCAUCUAGGACUGCCGUUGAAAACGAGACGGUUUGCCAGCGAGGGACCGUACGCGGCCGGAACCGAAUUAGGAUGGGUUGUUUUUGGGCCUGUAGAAGGACGACGAGACACGCUAUCACCGAGGUCUUGUCUGCUAGCCACGUCGUUGGAUGAUAACGUGGAACGGAUCGUCGAGGACUACUUCGAGAUCGAGAACUUCGGUGUGAAGGCGGCGCCAGCGGCCGCAGCCAGCGACGACGUGAGGGCUCAGAAGAUCUUGGAGGAUACUACGGUGCGAGUUGGCCGCCGAUACCAGACGGGAUUAUUGUGGAAGACGGAUAACGUUGUGCUGCCACGUAGUUAUGAUAUGGCGUACAAUAGAUUGGUCAACAUCGAGAAGAAAAUAAAGCGAGAUGGGCAGUUCGCCCAAGAGUAUUCACGGAUUGUCAAUGAUUAUGUCGACAAGGGAUACGCUCGGCGUCUGGAACGGCAGGAGUUCGAUUCGGAAAGCGAUAGAAUAUGGUACUUGCCGCAUUUUGGAGUGGAGAAUCCCAACAAGCCAGGGAAGAUCCGAUUAGUAUUCGACGCAGCGGCACGAGUUGGAGGAGUAUCGCUGAAUUCUGCGCUGAGCAAGGGGCCGCAACACUAUAAGGCCUUGGCAUCUAUCCUCUUCCAUUUUAGGGAAGGUGCCGUCGGAGUCUGCAGCGACAUUAAGGAGAUGUUUCACCAGGUGCUGAUCCGACCCGAGGAUAGAUAUGUGCGUGAUGACCUUUGGAGCAGCAUGCUCACCGAGGCGCAUCAUGUGAAGACAGUGAAUGCCAAUCGAUUCCUGGAUUCGGAUCCCAGAGCAGUCAAAGCCAUCGUCGACUACCACUACGUGGAUGACUAUGUGGACAGCUUUGCCACAGAGAGCGAAGCUAUCGAAGUAUCUAGCAGAGUGAAGAAGAUACAUGCAGAAGGCGGUUUUGAGCUUUGCAAGUUUUCGUCCAGCUCGCCUACAGUGGAGAGGAUGCUUGGACCCAGUGAUCACGCCCAGAGUAUUGGAUGGGCGAAGUUGUUGUUGCGAGAGGUCUGGAGAAGGAAGAUCUCAUGGGAUGAACCACUACCGGCUGAGAUGUACAACGCCUUUAUGGAAUGGCGUAAAGAGAUGGAGAAAGUGGAACGAUUUCGGAGCCCACGUCACUACUUUGGAUCCGGACUGGUGAAGACUAUCGAGAUGCACGUAUUUGUGGAUGCGAGUCAGUAG